AUGUCGACGGCUAUAAUGCAACAGAACACCAUGUACGAGUUCGGGGAGAGUUUGAUAAAGAACGGUCUAUCGCCCGAUCACAGCCAAUCCGGUCUAUCGCCGUUGGGCUCGUCGCAGAUGCGCUUCACCCUCUCCCGAAUGGCAUCGAGCCCGAUGGUGGGCCAAGCCAGUUCCAACCAAUUGGCCGCCAUGCUACUGGGCAACCUCACGCAGCAACACAACCACCACAACAACAACCACAACCACCACCACCACCACCGGCGAUUGGAGCGCACCCAAUCGGCGCCGGCGCCGCCCGUCACCUCGACGCCGGCCGCCUCUCUGACGGCCGCCACGGCGACGGUGAACACGUCGCGCUACAAGACGGAGCUGUGCCGGCCCUUCGAGGAGUUCGGCGUCUGCAAAUACGGCGACAAGUGCCAGUUCGCGCACGGCAUCGGCGAGCUGCGCAGCCUCGCCAGGCAUCCCAAGUACAAGACGGAGCUCUGUCGCACCUAUCACACGGUGGGUUUCUGUCCGUACGGGCCGCGUUGCCAUUUCGUGCACAACCAGGAGGAGGCGGCUGCGGCGGCGGCGGCGGCUCAAUCGCAAUCCAAAGGACAAUUGGGAGGUAAUAGGGCGUCGUCGGGGCAGGCGAGGCCGGCCGCUUUGAGUCCGAGUUUGUCGUUAGACAGUCCUAGUCCGCCGUGCAGUUUGAGCCAAAGUCCGACGUCUUCGAUGGGUUCGUUUUUUAGCGAGCCGGAGCUCCAUUCGCCCGGCGUCGACGAUCAGAGGCUACCCGUUUUCAAUAAGCUGCUCGAAAGGCAAAUCAUGUCGUUCAGCGAUUUGAUGUUGUAG